AUGGGUUUUGCUCAGAAAAUCGCCGCAGCUCAAAAUAGCCAGACGAUGGCUAACAGUGGUUCAUAUGGAGGUGCACCUCCAUCGGGGUACACUGGGGGUCCUCCUGCAGCCUUGCAGGCCGGUGGAUCGGGUCAACAGCCGCAAUACCAGGCUUAUUCAGGAUCCCCGGCCCCUCAGGGAUCGAACAAUCCAUCCCCAUCUCCCUCUUCCUACUCCAGACCUCCGCCGUCUACACCCUACCCCGCAUCUCAGCCUCAACAAUCGCAGGGCUAUGGCCGCCCGCCUCCGCCCCCACCACAAGGCCAGCCCUAUACUUCCGCUAGCUCGCCCUACCCGGGUCAGCAACCAGGACAGCCCUAUGCUUCUCCCAGUUCGCCAUACCCAGGCCAACAACAGGGACAGGCCUACGCUUCUCCUAGCUCGCCCUAUCCUGGACAGCAGCAAUACCCUGGACAACAGCAAUACCCCGGGCAACAAUCCUACCCUGGACAGCAGCCUUCAUAUAAUCAGGCACCGCCCUAUCCUUCUCAGGGAGCUCCAUACCCUGGCGGCCAGGGCCGUACUGGACCUUCACCUGGACCAUCAAGUGGGGCACCGUCCGGCCAGUAUAAUCCACCAAGCGGACCACCGCCAGGUCAGUAUGGCGCACCAAGUGGACCACCACCAGGCCAGUAUAGCGCACCGAGCGGACCACCGCCAGGUCAGUAUGGUGCACCAAGUGGACCACCGCCAGGCCAGUAUGGCGCACCCGGUGGUGCCCCUCAAUCUGGAGCCCCUCAGGCCACCCCGCAACAGGUCGAAGCGUACCGAUCGCUUUUGAUGUCCGCAAUUCAAGAGAAGAAUCUCCAAAGCUUCUACACUAAAGAGCAACUGGACCGGCUCGUUCAGACGCUUGCCGCCGAAGCACCGGGCAAGCUCAACAAGCUAAUUCAUGAAUGGGCCGUGCCCAUGGAGGUUGCGACCGAUGUCAUGAAGCUCUCGCUGUUCGACGUGAUUCUCUACGUUGAUGACAGUGGAUCUAUCGAAUUCGAAGAGAAGGGACUCCGAAAGGAACAACUCAGACAGAUCCUCGGUAUUGUAGCUACUGCUGCAUCGACCUUCGACCAGGACGGUAUCUCUGUCCGGUUCAUGAACUCCAAUGAGAAGGGAGAUGGCAUUCGCAACGCAGAAGAUGUCGACCGUCUAGUCUCCCGAGUCCGUUUCUCGGGCCUGACCCCUCUGGGUACCAACCUGAAGAGUAAGGUUAUCGAUCCGAUGGUCGUUCAACCCGCCCUAGCCAACCGUCUCGAGAAGCCUGUGCUGGUGAUCACGAUCACUGACGGACAGCCUGCUGGCGAGAAUCACGGUACUGUGAGUGAUGUCAUCAACUACGCAGUGCAGGAGACCUCCAAGACCCGUUAUGGCCCCGGCACUGUAUCCUUCCAGUUCUCGCAGGUGGGAACUGAUCAGCGGGCUCGUGACUUCUUGUCUUCUCUGGAUGAGGACCCUAAAAUCGGCCACUUGAUUGACUGUACCUCCAACUUCGAAGUUGAGCAGGAUGAAAUGUCGCGUGCCAACCCACCAGUGCAUCUCACUCGUGAACUUUGGUGUGCCAAACUGAUGCUCGGCGCUAUCGAUUCUUCCUAUGACACCAAGGAUGAGCGAGAGAACGCACGUCGUGGUGGACCUCCACCUGGAUCAAUGAGCCAGGCCAAUAUCAACGACCUCCCCAGCAACCUCCCUACCAGGGAUCGCAGGGUGGCUAUGGCCAACAGCAACAGCAACAGCAACAAGGGUAUCCGCCACAGGGUGGCUACCAGCAAUAUGGUGGACAGCCGCCACGCUAUUGAUGGACCAUGA